AGCAGGACUACUAUCCACGCUGACGUUUAGGUCCAUCCAUCCGGUGUCAUUGGCGAAUGACCGAAGAUGUCUCACAGCAGGUUGUUUGCCCGGUUGCUCUUGCAGCAGACUGGCGUGAGACACUGUUAUACUGGCAGCAGGAAGAACCUAUACAUCGACAAGAACACUAAGGUCAUUUGUCAAGGCUUCACAGGCAAACAGGGCACCUUUCACAGUCAACAGUCUCUGGACUAUGGCUCUCAGUUAGUAGGAGGGGUGUCCCCUGGCAAGGGGGGAAAAACACACCUGGGUCUGCCAGUCUUCAACUCUGUCAAGGAGGCUAAGGAUGGAACUGGAGCCGACGCCACUGUGAUCUAUGUGCCGCCUCCUUUCGCAGCGGCCGCCAUCGGCGAGGCAAUAGAUGCAGAGAUCCCACUGGUGGUCUGCAUCACAGAGGGAAUCCCUCAGCAGGACAUGGUGCGCGUCAAACAUAAGCUACUGCGCCAGGGCAAGACACGCCUUGUUGGCCCAAACUGUCCUGGUGUCAUCAAUCCUGGCGAAUGCAAAAUUGGAAUUAUGCCUGGACACAUCCACAAGAAAGGAAGAAUUGGUAUUGUAUCUAGAUCGGGAACCCUUACGUAUGAAGCAGUACAUCAAACCACACAAGUGGGUCUGGGACAGUCGCUGUGUAUUGGUAUCGGUGGAGACCCGUUCAAUGGCACUAACUUCAUUGACUGUCUGGAGGUUUUCCUGCAGGACCCCAAAACCGAGGGCAUCAUUCUAAUCGGAGAGAUCGGAGGAGAUGCAGAGGAGAAUGCGGCAAAGUACCUUCAACAGCACAACACCGGUGCCAAUGCUAAGCCUGUGGUGUCAUUCAUUGCUGGCCUGACGGCUCCUCCUGGAAGGAGAAUGGGGCACGCCGGCGCCAUCAUUGCCGGAGGCAAAGGGGGUGCCAAAGAGAAGAUCGCUGCCCUGCAGUCUGCAGGAGUCGUCGUCAGCAUGUCUCCGGCUCAGCUGGGCAGCACCAUGUUCAAGGAGUUUGAGAAGAGGAAGAUGUUGUAACUUGUUAGAGGGAGCUUGACACACGCUGGCCUCCCCGCCUAAGGACCUUCUUCCCAGCUGGAGACCAUCACCUUUCUCCGGGCUCGACAAUGCGCACACCUUCGUGUUUUCAGUUGAUUCUAUGAGUACAUGUUCCGUAUUUGCACCAGAGGAAAUAAAAUCAUUACAGAAUUGAUCACAGCCUGUGUAGGGCACAGGAACAUGUCCACUAGAUGCUUGUAAUCCUGCCACACUUGGAGAAAUGUAAACCAUGUGUCGCUUUUUUGUGAUAAACCUGACGCUGUUUGAAUUCCAUCUCUUAUGUUCUCUCUCUCUCUGAAACAGAAAAUAUAUCGUAUGAUCUGAUACAACCUUGUAGUACUUUAUUUAUCUGACUAUUUAGGUCGUAUGUGCUUUUUAAUUUCAGCAGUACAAUGCAUGUCUUCAGUGAGUAUGUGCUUGAAAGAUGCAUGUUAUCCUUUUGCCAGCUUUUUGCUGAGAGGUAAUGGGUGAUUUUUGAAUUGAAUCGCUGUGUGGCAAAAUGCCAUUCUCGGCUCGCAUUCACGUUGAGCACAGAAUUCAUUUUGCGACAACCAACGCGGUGACUGACCUUUCGGCUCUUUGAGUACAUUAAUGUUAUCUUUCUUCGGCUUUUGAAAGGAAAUAUGGUUUCCGCGAAAUUAUUUUCAGCAUCUGCUUUGUGCUGCUAGUGCAAUUAUAGAAUUGACGAGAAAUGCUGUGAUGGCAUCAUUGGGGAUGACCAACAGUACCUGACAGUUGUAAUAGAACCUGAUCCUUUUUCAUACAACAAGUCUCAUUCAAGCUCGACAAAUUUAGAGACCUAAAUGGACCAAAUGACUGAAAUUUACAUUGCGAGGAAAAGUGUAAAACCACAUGUCACCUGUCCCAGGCUUUUAGCAGGGGUUUUCAUUCGCUGACACGGGUUUAUUAAUUCUGACAUUCCUCGCUGGAAGGGAGAAUGUGUGGAGGAGGAUUUUUUUCCCCAUGAUUGCAUCUCUCCUGCCUAAUGACACGCAUUCACAUUUUACUCCAAUAAAGAAUGAAAAUGCAAAUGAGUUCUCGUGC